UUUAAGAAAGUCCCUAUGAACUGCAAAAGAAAAGAAGCGUGGCGGAAGAUUCACUUUGACCCUCCGCUUUCUCUGGAACCGCCCCUCUGGGAACAAAGUCCCGUUAGCCGUGAGGUUAUAAUACCAACGUGGCGAGCCUCAUUCCAACAGCCUCUCACAAUGCUGUCCCUGGUGCUUGCGACAAUCCUGCUGCUUCUGUCCGCUGCAUUCUUCCUGCAGAAGUUCAGGAGACCGAAGAACUUCCCGCCAGGCCCGUCAUGGCUGCCUGUGGUGGGCAACUUCUCGGACCUGAAGCGGAAGUGCCGCGAGAAGAAGUACAUGCACGAGGCCGUAGCAGCCUUGGCCCGGGAACACGACACCCCCGUUCUGGGGCUCAAACUCGGGGCGGACCUCACCAUCGUAGUGUUCGGCCACGAACUGGUGAAGCAGGUGUUUGUUAGGGAGGAGUUCGACGGCCGGCCCGAUACCUUCUUCAUCCGACUGCGAGCGAUGGGAGGGCGCAGAGGCAUCACCUUUACCGACGGAAAGUUCUGGCACGAGCAGCGGAGUUUCGCGGUUCGCCACUUGCGACAGGUAGGGUUCGGGAAGGAGCUGAUGGAAGACAUGAUAAUGGACGAGCUUCAGGAGUUGGUGCGUCUGUUUGGUGAGUCCUCGCAAGCGGGCCGUUCGGUCAGCAUGGGGCCCACGUUUGCCCCAAGUGUCCUCAACGUAUUGUGGGUGCUCACUACCGGCGCCAGCUUCUCGUCUCGGGACGACCCGCGUCUGCACCGCCUCUUACACGUCCUCAAAGCCAGAGCCAAGGCCUUCGACAUGGCGGGGGGCACCCUCAAUCAGUUCCCCUGGAUGCGGUUCCUGGCGCCCGAACGAACGGGGCACAACCUCAUCCUACGGCUGAACUCAGACCUCAAGGACAUCUUCAUGGCAUCCAUCCUGGAGCACCAGAAGGGGUACAGUCCGGACAAAACAAACGACCUGAUCGACGCGUUCCUUCACGAAAUGGAGACCAGGAAAGCAGUCGAAACAUCCUCAUUUACAGUGGAUCAGCUGAUCAUGAUCUGCAUGGAUUUUUUCAUUGCGGGGGCCCAAACCACGAGCACGACGCUGGAUUUUGUCUUCAUCAUGAUGCUGCUGUACCCUGACGUCCAGCGUCGCGUGCAGGCCGAGCUGGACGCCGUCGUUGGGAGGGGAAGACCGCCGCAGCUCGCCGAUAGGAAUAAGUUGCCGUACGUCGAGGCCGUCCUGACGGAGGUGCAGAGGAUGUACCAAGUGACGCCCGUCGCAGGACCAAGACGCGUAACAAAGGACACUACGCUUCACGGAUAUAACAUUCCUAAGGACACAACGGUGCUCAUGAGUCUGUGGUCAGUCCACUACGACAGGCAGCACUGGAAGGAUCCCGAGCAGUUUCGGCCGGAGCGACAUCUGAACGACAAAGGAGAACUUGUGGUUGACGAAUGGCUUCUGCCUUUCGGCCUGGGCAGGAGGCGAUGUCUUGGCGAAGCGCUCGCCAGAAGCUGUUUGUUCAUAUUCUUCGCCGGAGUGCUGCAAAACUUCGAUGUACUUCCUGUUCCGAGCAAGGAGCUGCCCGGGGAAGCCCCGGUACCCGGACUCACACUCUCCCCUCAGCCCUACUCGGUGAUGCUGAAACCUCGCCUCACUCACAUGACUUAAUCUCGCGUUCAGUACUGAAACCACAUUUCACUUCGGCAGCAAACUCUAAAACAGGCCUACCAAUGUAAAACCCGUUGAAAAUUCAACGGGAGAACCUCCUCGUUCGCCAUAUAAGCUUCCUCUGCAUUCUCCCGUAUUCCUUUCCGGUCCUAUACGUGUUACCGAACGAUGCGUCGGAGCCGACCUUCAUCGCCAUCUCUCACGAAUAACACGCACAAAUAGUUAAUUGUAAACCGUUUCCUUUACCUCGUACACUACACUACACACAUCUACAUCAAAAUAGUAUCAAUACUCACAGGAUCCAUACGAUAUACGGAAACAAAAGACAGUUCUCUCGUUUGUGACCUACUACAAAAUUUUAAGCUCAUGCACGGUGUUAAUGCUCGGAAGUUCGUUGCUAUGGUACCCCAGAAUUUUGUAAAGACAGUGAUAUGCCGCGCGCUUAUAACACUUCUUAUAUACACUGCAGAGAAGGGUACAGGUGUCUAUUGAAGCUAUGGCAUGCCCAGAAAGGUGUUAUAGACAAAGUCUGCUGUUAUGAAAUACACACUUGAAUUUUUGAAGUGGAUCAAAUUGCUCUAGAAAUCCCAUCAAAUUUAUCUGUGCGCAAUGGACAUCUCGGAAUUAUACGCUUCUGAAACAUGAAGCUCAAAGGUACCAAAACGUCGGUGAAAGGCGUGACGUCCUACAAAACGGCAAUCUUCACACGUUUACCGCCACCAAAGCCUCAAACCUCACAAACAUUAAUGGAAGUUAUGUCCAUGUAAAAUUGCCUGUGGUUCUGUAUGGGUGUGAAACUUGGUCUCUGACAUUAAGGUAGGAACAUAGACUGAGGGUGUUUGAG